CCACGACGAUCAUUGCUUCAACUUUGACAACGACAGAACCGGUGAACGUGUGGUUCUAGUGGUUUCAAUUUGGUGGCCACUGGAAGGCCGGACUACUGCCCGAUAUACUUACUGUCAAAGUUGACUAGCAGAUAUCUUAAGAGCACAUACGCAUCCAGUCGAACCUUACGACCACAGUACUACUAAGUUACUGGGCGCCCAAGUCGUUUCCAGCCGUCCAGCUUUCCCAUCUCACAUUAUGGAUCGUCGCACCUCCAUUGUGGACUUGACUUCGACGUCAGGUCGCUCUUAUCUUCCUCACCAGUCAACUUCAGCAGCAGUCCCCAGCCCAAGCUCUUCGGGUACCACGCACCGGCGUCCCUCUCAAGGCAACACAGAAACACGCAGCGUCAAGCGCCGACGACUAAGUCGUAUAUACGCCCCCACGGAACAGGAGGAAGAAGAGAUCGAGUCCGUAGACUUGACGGAAGUGGAAGAUGCAUCUGCCAUGGCCAAGGCAUUAGCCAAGCAGCAAAAAGACGCUGUCAAGGCACAACAGCAACAGGAUCAGGAACAUGAAAAAGGUCGGACGGUGUUGACGGCGUACAAAUGUCCUGUCUGCAUGGAUACUCUGGAAAACUCUACCAGUACGAUAUGUGGACACCUCUUCUGCCACAAAUGCAUCAUCGAUACCUUGAAGUUUGGCGAGGAACAACGGUCCGAUUCGUCCAGCAAGGCUCGUGGAACGUGUCCUGUCUGUAGGAAACCGCUGUUACGUACCGACGUCCCCGGCACAAGAAGAAAUCUCUGGCCCUUGCAACUCAAACUGGUGACGAAGAAGCGGAGCGAAUUGUCUUCACAAUAAGAAUAGCCUAGGGAAAACCUUUUCGGGUAUUAUUGGGUGGUUAUUUAGCGCAUGGAGUUUGAGCGUCGCCUAUUAGAAUUUUAUUCCAGGGAUAGUAUUUGAAGCGAGCAUAGUAUCUACAUAUCAUGGACAGUAAUGGCGUUUACAAGAUCUCUCAG